AUGAUGUUCCUCUCAUUCCUUGCUAUUUUAUCGAAUUUGGCGACAGUCUCCAGUAUUUUUCACGAGGAUUUCUGUGAUCCGGCAGUGUUUUUGGAGGAAUUUGAUGUGGAAGCGAAUGUUUGUUGGAUCCAAAUGAUCGGUCGAAGGGCUUUGAAGGAGCUCAAAAUUGAUGUUUUGCAGGUGAGGGUUACUGUAAUUCUUGCAAUUUUUGGUUUUUUAGCGAUUUUUGAGAAAUUUUUUUUUGGAAUUUUUUGAUUUUUUUGGAUUUUCAGAAAAAAUUCGGUAAAAAAGAUAUUUUAAUUGUGUUUUGUGAGCUAGAUUACUGUAAUUUUUACGCUUUUUCAUCGAUUUUUUGGAAAAAAAAUUUGAAAUUGUUUUUGAUUUUUUUUAAAUUUCCAACAAAAAAUCGGUAAAAAAAGCUCUCCUUAACACUGCUACCCCAAUAUAUUUUUUCCAGAAAAAAUUACAGUACUAUUUUCAAUAAACUUUAUUUUUUUUUAUUUUCAGGUCGGAUUUUACAUGGAGGAUGUGGAUUUGCUCGAUCCCACCAGAUCAAAAUCAACGAAUUUAAUGGUCAAUUAUCGUAAUAUUACUCGGGACUUUGAAUUCAACAAUUUCCAAUGGAUCGAGCAUGAAAAAUCCGCAGUUAUGCUCAAAUAUCAGGAUAAAUGUGAGAUUUUGGAGGAAAUUUUUUAGUUUUUGGGGAAAAAGUGGAAAAUAGAGGCUGUCAAUUAUAGUAAAAAGCUAUGUAAACUAGCCCUUGUACUUUUAUUUGACUGAUCAUGGCCUUAAAUUGAAGAAAACCCAGCGAUUUUUAGAUGGAAAUUAUAAAUUUUUGGAUUUUUCACAAUUUUUUGGGAAUUUUCUUUCAAAAAUCGAUUUUUGAAGCCAAAAAAAGCUAUGAAGGCUGUCUUACAGUAAACUCAGAGGCUUUUCGGAGAAUUUGAAACAUUUAUUACGCACCAAACCAAGGAAAAAAUUGAGGUUUUUGAGCGAAAAAUCGAAAUUUUCCUAUUUUUGAUGACUUUUUUAGUUUUUCUUGCAGAAAAUCGAUUUUAUGAAUUGAAAUUUUAUGUCAGAUGUAUUUCACAGUAAUCGUAGAUGCCUUGUUCACAAUUAUACGGCAUUUAUAGCUCAUAUCUACUACACAAUUUGAGGUUUUUGAGCAAAAACCCCAAAAUUUUCCAAUUUUUGAUGACUUUUUUUUGUUUUUCUUCAAAAAAAUCAUUUUUUUCCGCUUUCCAGACCUAAAAUUCCUCUUUGUCUAUCGACACGAUGGCCAAGUCCGCCAAGAACUCCAUGUGGCCAAGAAGGCGUUCGACACUUUUGGCGUCUACGAGCUCACUUUGGCCAGAUAUUCCCCAUUUCUUCAGCAAAUUUUUGUCGUUUUCUUGGAUAAAAAUCGGAAAAUCAGUGUGAGUUACAGUAACCCGAGGCCUAGGAAAUGAUAUUUAAUGGAAAAUUCCGUAUUUUAAGGCCGAUUUUUAACAACAUUGCGUAUUUUAAAACCGAUUUUUUACCUGAAAAGUUGAUUUUUUCAUCGAAAAACAGCUAAAGUACGGAAUUUUUUGACCGAUUUUACUUGAAAAUUUCAUUUUUUUCACUUUUUUUUUUCACUGACAAAAUUUCGUAUUUUUUGACCGAUUUCUUCCCGGAAAUUUGAUUUUUUAGUUGAAAAUUUACAAAAUUUCGUAUUUUAAGACCGAUUUUUUACCAGGAAAUUUUGAUUUUUUAGUGGAAAAUUUACAAAAUUUCGUAUUUUAAGACCGAUUUUUUACCAGGAAAUUUGAUUUUUUCACCGAAAAUUGACGAAAUUCGGAAUUUUAAGACCGAUUUUUUACCCAGAAAUUUUGAUUUUUUCAUCGAAAAUUGGCAGAAAUCCGGGAUUUUUUGAUCAUUUUUUCUCGGAAAUUUUGAUUUUUUCAUCGAAAAUUGACAAAAUUCGGAAUUUUAAGACCGAUUUUACUUGAAAAUUUCAUUUUUUUCACCGAAAAUUGACAAAAUGACGUAUUUUUUGACCGAUUUUUUACCAGGAAAUUUGAUUUUUUAGUGGAAAAUUUACAAAAUUUCGUAUUUUAAGACAGAUGUUUUACCCGGAAAUUUGAUUUUUUCAUCGAAAAUUGACAAAAUUGCGUAUUUUUUGACCGAUUUUUUCCCGGAAGUUUGAUUUUUUUAGUGGAAAAUUUACAAAAUUUCGUAUUUUAUGACCGAUUUUUCCCCGGAAAUUUUGAUUUUUUCAUCGAAAAUUGGCAAAAAUCCGGAAUUUUUUGACCAUUUUUUCCCCGGAAAUUUGAUUUUUUAGUGGAGACUUUACAAAAUUGCGUAUUUUUAGACCGAUUUUUAACCUGAAGAUUUGACUUUUCCAUCGAAAAUUGGCAAAAAUCCGGAAUUUUUUGACCAUUUUUUCCCGGAAAUUUAAUUUUUUUCAUCGAAAAAUUUCGUUUAUUUUUCAGAUUCUCGAAAGAUACCGUCUUAUCACAACUGCCCGGGGAUUUCUGGUCAAAAAACUGAAACGUCAAUAUUUGGGAAGGCAUGUGACGGACUUGGCCGUCGAUCGCCUGGCCAAUGAUUUGGUCGGACUGGUCCGACAACCCAUUGGUCAGAUGAUUUUACGAGGCCAACUAGUGAAUGACACUGUUUUGAUGGAGAAGAUCGCCGAAACUGGGGUCAAUAGCCGAUUGGUGGCGGUAAAGGAGGAGCAUUUGUUGAUGGUUGUGGACCAUCCAAGGCAUGGAGAGGAGGUGGUCAUGUAUAAUAUGGCCAGUAAGUUUUUUUGGGGUGCUUUGGGAUUUUUGGAUUUUGCACAGUGCAGUUUUUUUUUUUUUUUUUUUUUUUUGAACGCAUUUUUCAGACAUGACCUCCAGCAGUUGUCUGUAUCGUAUUGGUCGAGGGCUGGAACCGAUUUUCAAGCGAUUUUCGAUUGUUUGUGAGGACAGAAACACUACCUUGGCUAUUUGA